UAACUUUACUUACCUUGGGGUUGGCAACAUUUAAUUUGACCCCCGACCGGGCAAUGUUUAUUUAUUUGUUUCUAUAAAGAAUUUCAUUGAAAAGUGCAUGAAUCAAGUUUUAUUUUGGUAAAUUCCAAAAUUUGGCUCCUAUAUCUGUGAUUAUUUGUUUAAGAUUGAUUGAUUUUUUUUAAUCGCAGUACUUAUAGUUUCAUAAUGUUGUACAUAUUUGUGAUGACAAUUUUCAGUGUGGUUUUUGCGUAUGAAAAAGAUAUGACUUUCAGUGUUCAGCCCGGUAAAAUGGACUGCUUCUUCCAAAAAGUGUCUCCUAAAGAAGUUAUUGAUAUAGAAUAUCAGGUUAUAGACGCGACUCACGGGGAGCUAGACAUAUCAUUUCAGUUAGGGGAUCCCCUGGGCAGGGUCAUCGUGGCGGACUACAAGAAGCCGGAGAACAGCCACCGACACACAGCUACGGAGGACGGAGAUUACAGAUUCUGUUUCGACAAUACCUUCAGCACAUUUAGUGAGAAAACUGUGUUCUUUGAUGUUGUGAUCGAUUCGGAAGAUUCUAAAGACGAAAAAGACUAUGAGGCUGAUGACAAGGAGUUGGAGCUUGGUAACGCCUUAGAGACGUACUCGAUGCGCGUGCGCGACAUAUCGGAGUCGGUGAACCGCGUGCGGGACAACGUGUCGGCCGCGCGCCGGCUGCAGGAGCUGCACUCGGCGCACGAGGCGCGCGACAGGAACCUGGCGGAGGAGAUGUGCGCCAGAGUUAUGGCGUGGUCAAUCUGGCAGAUGGCAUUGAUGAUGCUUGUAGGAGUCACGCAGGUGGUCUUCGUCAGGAGUUUGUUUGCAGAUAAACAGAAAAUGGGAUUCUAGUUGAGGUUUAUGCCGGGAGCGGCUCACUGACCAAAUGUACAUUAAAUUUAUGUCAAGUCGUUCUAUUGCCAACUCGACCCAGUAGCUAUACGAGGCUGUAAUAGAAUAGAAUAGAUUUAUUUUCAAAAUUGGACAUAAGGUAUCACUUAUUAACGUCACAUCACUUAAAUCUUAUUAUGUCUACUGCCGCUUCCGAAGCGCAUGUGUAGAAGAAGCGGCAGAACGAAUUACACUGCAGCAUUUUCAUCGGACGUCAAUUUACAAAUAUAGAUCACUUAAAUCUGAAUCGUGGACGAAUGCACAUUGUCUACAUAAAAAAAUGUGAAUGAAUAUAAAAUGUAGACACUGUACAAAUUAUGUCAUAACUAUGUCAUAAAUGCACAAGCAUUUAAGAAGCCAUUAUGUCAAGCUCGGCCACACAUGUUUAUCAUUAAUAUAAUCCUCCGUGCUGUAAUAGGCUUUCCUACAAAGCUCAAUGUAUUUUGACAGGAUCGCCACGUAAUGAUGGAAGCGACCGUCAAAUCAGUGUUGCCAACUCUGACGAGAAAGAUAAAUAGUAUAAUGGUUACAUUAUACUUUUUAUAAAUAAUACAGGAAUUAAACGCGCAACAACGAAUGUUAUUCAAUGAAAGUUUGAAAUCAGUUAUAUAAUUUUCUACAACACUGUGUCGGAUGUCAGACACUAUUAUUUUUAAUAGGCUUUAUUAUUACAAAAUAGAUUAAGUUACGAGGCAUGAAAUUGAUCUAAAUUAAACUACAGGAUUACGUGUUUCAGCCAAUGUCAAAAAGAUUCAGGGCCACGGUUAGCAAAUUAGAAUAAAAUUCGAUUUACAAUUUGUUUAAAUAGAAAAGUUUCAGGAUAUGGCACAUGCAAGUCGAACAUUGUCUUAAUAUUCAUGUACGGUACUCAAACCAUUUUUACUGUUACAGUCGGUGCUAUUCUUAUAUCGAUUAGUCACAAAUUUUUCUUCUUUAUUUCGUCUCAGUCUUUGUGUCGCCUCGUCCUGGUGGCAACUCGUACUUGUGACAUCUCGUCACAGUGACAACUCGUACCUGUGACAUCUCGUACUUGUGACAUCUCGUC